AUGACGCUACUCCUCAGACGAGCACCAGUUAUCGCUGGCAGUCCUUCGCCGGCGGGAAUCAUCGAGAAUGGAUAUAUGGCGGAACGAACACGGCAGCAGAAUGGCAGGACUAGCGCAUGGGAAACACCCAUCACCUUGAGGUCACAAUCAUGGAGUGAUCAGACUCCUGGGCAGAGCGCCCCGUUCGACGACGUGCCGAUGAGCUCGACCAAUGAAACAACUGCGGACCCCUCAAGACCAGAGCCGGUUACAAAACGAGAGAGUCGAUUCGCCUCUCUGUUCAUUGCACUGCUGGCCGUCAGCCCCAUGGCUAUUGAAUAUGAUGCAGCUGAUCAGCAGACUAUAGAGGCAGCACAGGAGGCAUCUGUAAGCGCGACACAACCGGAAUCUCCCAAGAAGACAGCAGCUCCACCAGACAGGGGAAUCAAGCGGUCAGAGAUUCACAAGACCAGAUGGAGGCAGUUCAAGUACGAAAUGAAACUGAAGAUGAGGAUUACCGGCAGACGGAAGGCAAAGGAUCGGUGGAAGUGGACGCAGGCGGAGGAUGUAGAGCUGGAGGUUUUGAGAUCAGAAGAGCGAUACAUCUAUUCGGAUAUGGAGAGGCAGAACAGCAGCUAA